AGGAGAACGACCACCCCAGUGAUUAAUUGUUUCUUCAGAUACCGCUGUGUGGAUUCUUAAGUUUUAGUUUCUUGUCAAUAUCCCCGAUAAGUCUCUGUUCAUACACAUACAACAAUGGCAUCUUCAGACAUCCAGGCCAAGAAGAGCCGCAAGCGCAGUGACUAUGGCUACCACCAAGUACACCAGACAAGAUGGUUCGAUAACGACAUGUACGCACACCUAAACAACACAGUCUACACCGCCCUCUUCGACACCAUCGCAAAUGCCUAUCUCAUCCAGCACUGCGGCCGAAACCCCUUCAGCGUCAACAACCCCACCCCCAAAAGCUCCCCAGGCGAACCAUCUAACAUCGCUAUUGGCGACGAUCAAAUCGGUCUCAUUGUCUCCACGCACUGUGAAUUCUUUGCAUCGGUCGCAUUCCCGGAUGUAUUGGAGGUCGGAUUGCGUGUUGCUAAGCUGGGCUCGUCGAGUGUGACGUGGGAGAUCGGGGUCUUUCGACAGGGCGAGGAGGAUGUGAAGAUGGUGGGGAAUUACACGCAUGUCUUUGUAUUGAGGGAGACUAUGCGUGUUGGGAACGGGGGGAUGGCGAAGGAAGUGCGUGAGGGUUUGGAGAAGUUGCUUAAUUCGCCUGGGGCGAAGCUGUGAUAGGCUAGGGAAACUUUGAUAGGGACUAGAUAUUAAAUGUGAGACGUUUCCAUAUGCAG